CUUUGUUGUUGGUGAUGAUGACAUGAAAAUAUUGUUGUUGCUGUUGGAGGCUGCGGAGACUCAGCGGCGGAGACAGGCAGCAGGCAGCAGGCAGGCAGGGAGGAGCGGGGUUGAAGGCUUAGCGGCGUUCAUCCGAGUGAAGAUUUGUUUUUAUUUUGUUUUAUUUUCGACUUUAAAGCAACUGCGUGUUGCGAGAAUAGCGGCCAUGUCGGUGAAUAUGGAGGAACUCAGGCACCAAGUGAUGAUCAACCAGUUUGUUUUGACGGCUGGCUGCGCCGCCGACCAGGCGAAGCAGCUCCUACAAGCGGCCCACUGGCAGUUUGAGACGGCCUUAAGCUCCUUCUUCCAGGAGGCCAACAUCCCCAGUCACCACCACCAGAUGAUGUGUACUCCGAGGAACACUCCCGCCACGCCGCCGAACUUCCCCGACGCCAUCACCAUGUUCUCCAAGCUGCGGGCGUCCGACUGCGGCUCCGGCGCCGGCGGCGGCCCCGCCCAGGUGUCCAUGGCCUGCUCCCCGCCGGCCCCCUCCUCCACGACGGGCUUCGGCUCCUUCUGGGCCUCCUCGCCGCCCAGCCACCAGCCGGCGUGGCUGCCCCCGUCGUCGCCCACCGGCCACCACAUGCACCACCACUACCACCACCACCACAUGCAACAGACUCCCAUGUGGCCCCCCGUCUCUCAGCCCAGCGGCUCCCAGCAGCCCCCCGUCGUAUCGGCGCUCCACGGCCAGAGAUGAGACUGUGUGCGGCGGGCCGGGAGGCGUCGUGUGUAGCCAAAUGAAUCUGUUUGGG